AUGGUCUACACUAUGAAGCUCUACGUCGACGGCGGCUGUCGCAGGAACGGCUACUCCAACGCCAUCGGCGCAGCAGCCGCCUGUCACAAAACCAAAUGGGGCAAGUACAAAAUUUGGAUGCGCAACAUGAAGGGCACAGUGACCAACCAACGCGCGGAGAUAUCGGCAAUCAUCCUGGCGCUCGAAUUUGCGCUGGAAAAAUACAAAAAUGAUCUCAAUGAAAUKCCAUUAAUGGACGUGGAAAUAUUCUCGGAUUCGAAAUAUGCGGUGAAUUGUAUGAAUGAAUGGAUAUACAAGUGGUGUCGGAACGGAUGGACGAAUGCUGCGGGUAAUCCAGUCGCGAACCAGGACCUGAUAAGACGGGCAUCGAAUCUAGAUGAUGAUAUCAAGGAGAUUGGUUUGGUGGAAUAUACCUGGAUUCCCAGGUCUGAAAAUGAGGUUGCGGAUCGAUAUUGCAAUAUUGCGAUGGACAGGCAGGAGGAGGAGCAGAGGGAGAUGGAGAGAGAAAGGAGAGAGGAGGAGGAGCGAAGGAGCAGGUACUGGGAUUCUUCUUCUGAUAGUGAUUGGCGCGACAAGGAUGGAUUUGCGCCCACCAACCAACGAGCAGAGCUCACCACAAUCGUUAACACGUUCAGACUGCUCGAUCAAAAAUUGAGUGGGGGCAACGAUUGCGUUCCGCACCUCGAUAUUGAGAUUUUCUCGGAUUCGCGAUAUGCGAUUGGAUAUAUAACAGAAUGGGCGGACAGGUGGGAGUCUAAUGGAUGGAGGCUUUCGAACGGUGCUCUAGUGGCGAAUCGACAAUUGAUACAGCGAACGCUUGAUUUGGAGGACAAGUUUCGCGAUUUCGCUGAUGUCAGAUAUACUUGGACCCCCAGAUCAGAGAACGUGAUUGCGGAUUGA